CCUCCAUUGCUGCUGUAGCUUCUAGUCCCUAACAAAAUUCUCUCUCUCAGCUUCUCCAAAACCAGAAGGCCAACCGACUGAACCUACGCUCUCUUUCUUGAUCGAUCAAAGACUUCCAUUUCCAUGGCUUCCACUAAAAGUCUCCUAUCUUCUUUUUCUUCAUGGCUCCAUCAUCGAUCCAAGGAUUUGGCCCCUCGAAUCUUUGUUCCUCCUCUGGAUUCCUGUUCCUUUUCAUCUCCGAUUCGCCUUGAAAAUCAAGUCGUUUUGUCAAGAAGGCACGUUUUCUAUGCUUCCACCAAUGACACAAAUGCUGCAAGCUCAAUUCCAUUGAAGUCAGCACAGGAUGAUUAUAUUCCCAUGCCAGUAGUUAUGAUAGAUCAAGAUUCUGACUCUGAAGCAACAAUUGUACAAAUCAGCUUUGGUGAUCGUCUUGGAGCUCUCAUUGAUACGAUGAAGGCCUUGAAAGAUUUGGGAUUGGAUGUGGCAAAAGGAUCUGUUCUCACAGAAGGAUCUGUUAAGCAAACAAAAUUCUUUAUUACACAUUUAGGCAAUGGGCGAAAGGUUGAAGAUCCUGAUAUGUUAGAGAGAAUUCGACUUACCAUCAUUAACAAUCUUCUGAAGUAUCAUCCAGAAUCUAGCGAGCAACUUGCUCUGGGUGAGGCUUUCGGAAUAAAGGCUCCUGAGAAAAAGCCUGAUGUUGAUAUUGCUACUCAUAUACAUGUCAAAAAUGAUGGACCCAAGAGGAGCUUGCUUUGUAUUGAGACAGCAGAUCGACCUGGAUUACUUGUAGAAAUUAUUAAAAUCAUGGCUGAUAUCAAUGUUGACGUGGAAUCGGCAGAGAUUGAUACAGAAGGAUUGAUAGCCAAGGACAAGUUUCAUGUCAGCUACAGAGGGUCAGCCUUAGACAGUUCACUGUCUCAGGUUCUGAGGAACUGCCUGCGUUACUAUCUCAGAAGACCAGAAAUAGAUAUUGACAGCUAUUAAUACUCAGGUGGAACCACUUUUCAACUGUAAACUCGAUGUAACGGUCCAUGUACCAAGUGUUAUUGAGGUCAAACUCGGCUGCUAUGUUGUGUUUGUGUCUCUUGAUGUCCUGGAGAUGUUCUUUACCAUGUCUCUUACUAUCCUGCAUAUGUUCUUUACUGUAAUCUGAUGUUUGUGAAGCAAAAUAUGAAUGACUUCCGUUAUUCAUCAAAGUUAUAAUAUGUGGAUUGUGGAAUGUCGGAACUUAUAAUUUGUGGCUUGCUUCUGUGCAAGAACUCUUCUUAGAGUUUUACUGUUCUUGCUGUUAAGAGUUCUUCAAUUAGAAUUGUAUUUUUAUUGA